GGUUAAAUACUUUGGCCCAAUAGAAGACAAAGCCAUUAGGGUUUUAUGAUGCAUCCUCUUUAAAUAAGAGGGCCACUCAUCCACUUAAAGACACUCCAUAUACAUGAGUUCAAUCUCACGACAUCUCAUCUUUUUAUCCUCUAAAGAACCAACCUGUCCACCUGUCCUCACUGACGCUUGUUGCAACUUCGUUUGAUAUUAGUACCCGACCUAAAUUUUGAUGUAGCAAUUGGAGCCAACGGUUGGGCACGAAGAAAACAUGUUUUGUGUUCUCUUUUACAACAUGCUUCGUGUUCUCUUUUACAAGGUGUAGAAGAGAACACGAAGCAUGUUUCUUCGUGCCCGUGAUUUCUCCAAUUGCUACAUCAAAAUUUAGGUCCGGUACUAAUAUCAAACGAAGUUGCAACAAGCGUCAGUGAGCUAGUCAUGAGCUUAUAUAUGAGCUGCAUGCAAAGAACGCAUGUGAAGGUAAGCUGGUGGUGGAGCUUUGGAAACACCCUCUUACGCUCAGCUUCACUGAUUAAUCCAAGAUAACUAUAUAUGUAACGAAAUAGACGAUAGAUAAUCAUAUAGAUAUAUAAGUUUUGACUUUUGAGAAGUAAAUAGUACGUAAGAAGCUUGUUUAUACAUCAAAGUUUGGGUCGACUACUAAUAUCGUGUACUUCUUUUUUCUUGCAACAACUUCAUCAGAUUUAUCACUUCUCAAAUAAGGGGCUAAACAUGUCCAAAGAACCACCACUUAACCACUUUGAACCACCACCAAGUGGCUUUACUGAAGCAUUUGUCAAUUUGUGUCGGACCGUCAUUCAUCAGGGAGUAGCUGAAAUCAUCCAAUCUUUGGAACAAGAUCCAGGUUUCUUCGACCUAACAAAAGAGAGUUACAUUUUAAAAUGCACACUCAUAAGAAAAUCCUUGAAGGAUCUUCGAGAUUGCCUCCUCCUUUUGGAGAAAACCCAGACAGAUUACGUUGAGAAACAAGAAGCUUUAUUCAAAGCAUUUGUCAAUUUGUGUCGGACCGUCAUUCAUCAGGGAGUAGCUGAAAUCAUCCAAUCUUUGGAACAAGAUCCAGGUUACUUCGACCUAACAAAAGAGAGUUACAUUUUAAAAUGCACACUCAUAAGAAAAUCCUUGAAGGAUCUUCGAGAUUGCCUCCUCCUCUUGGAGAAAACCCAGACAGAUUACGUUGAGAAACAAGAAGCUUUAUUCAAAGAGUUGUGCGGUUUAGGACCCAGGGAUACUGGAUUCGAUCUAGUUAAACAAUAUCAACUUCCGAUUCUUGAUGCUGCUAUUGAGAUUGUGGAGCGAAUCAGGGAAUGCCGCGGGUGGAGGAGAGAUAUGGUACCUUAUGAUCAAUUGGAUGGAGAAACAUAUGACGGCUACCUAACACGUUUGAAAUCCGACAUCGAGUUUAUUGACGAAAGGAAUCAUAUGCAAGUCGAACACAUGAAAAGACAACAUGCACGAUCUAGAUCGUAUCGAGUGGACCUUUUAGAAAAACAGUAAGAAGACAUCACCCAAAAAAUUCAAGUUGAGGUUCAACGAGGGCUGGAGCAAAAGGAAGUUAUGUUAGUGAGAUUCAAGUUCAAAAAGAAGAGAUAGAUCUAUUGCUAAACAUAAUUCAUCUCGAGCCACUUUCAGAAAUUACAAAAAGUUGGAGAGUUUGAAAAUUUCUAAGAACAAAUUCAAAACGUCAAUAGUCUCUUUGGGAUUACUGAAGAUGCAGCUAGAUCAUACAAUCGGAGACCCGGGUAGUGUUCAAAGACGGACAAGCACAGAUUUGGACAACCAAAUUGCGUCUUACACUGAGGGGUUGAGUUCCGCAAUUGAGAUGUGCUCGGAAUUGCAAAAAAAAAAAAAAAAGCAAUGGAG